UUUUUAUAUAAAAUAUAAUAUGGAAAACGCUACAUAGAUUGUGAAAGUACAGUUUUUUCUCUUCAUCCUUCGUCCUUCAGAUUCGCCUGUUUGAACUCACAAAUUUUGAAAAAAAAUACAAUAAAAAGAAAUGAAUUGAAGAGGCGAAAACAACAUGUGGCAAUCUGCUGUUGGUUGGUAGAUUGCCAAAUUGCUGCGGUGUGACGGUUACAGACAGCCACCUGCCGCCGCUUAUAAAGCGUUUCAUUCUGCUCCAGAGAGGGACGGAGGCAGAGGCAAUGUCAGUGGGUUACUGUAUUAUGUCAUUGGGAGUGAGCGAGUCAGUUACAGAGUGACUCAGGCCCCUGGGACCGAGUUAGUGAGUCAGUGAGCGGCUCCACUGCCGGAGUUUGGAGUACUGAAAAAAGAAGACGACUUUUUGAUUUAGGGACCCGAAUGGAUCCCUUCAGUUGGAUGGCGGAGCCGAGUCCUGGUUCGGGUCCGAGUCCGAGUCCGAGUCCUGGUUCGCGUCCGAUUCCGAGUCCAUUCAGAGGAAGCAGCAAGCGGCCGCGGUCGAGGAAGCAACAGGAUUUUGAUUUGGAGGGGUGGGGGUCGAGGCGGCUGUUUCAAUUUCUGGAAUCGAUCGGGAGGGACACGACCCACAAAAUCUCCCAAUACGACGUCGAAUCGAUCAUCACCGACUACGUGAAGCAGCAUCAGCUUCAGCACCCGACCAAGAAGAAGAGAAUCGUCUGCGACGACCGCCUCUUCCUCCUCUUCGGCCGGAAAACCAUCGGCCGUGUCAAAAUCUACGAGUUGCUUCAGCAGCAUUUCGCCGACAACAUGGAGGACGAUUCCUCUUCUGACGACGACAGCGACGGCAACGACCGCCCCCUAAACAUUAAUCUCAAUGUCAGUGCAGAACAGGUAGAAGAAGACUACGGCGACGGCAAUCAUCGGAAGCAGAAGAAAAAAAAGACUAAGAGAUUCACGGAGGAGGGUGGUUUUGGAUUGGGAUUGGGAAUGGGAGUGGGAGCGGGAGCGAGCGGAGUGGGAGUGGGACCCCCAAAAAGCUGCUUUGCGGCGGUGAUUCCGGAGAACAUAAAGUUGGUGUAUUUGAAGAGGUCUUUGGUGGAGCAUCUUCUCCUCAAUGAGGAAAAGGAGAAUGAGGGUAAGGUUGUGGGAAGCUUUGUGAGAAUCAAGUCGGACCCCAAUGACUACUUGCAGAAAAACUCUCACCUGCUACUCCAAGUUACUGCUCUCAACAAGCCGCCCGCCGCCUCCUCCUCCUCCGGAGUUCUUCUGCUUUGCCUUUCCGGCCUCGCCCUCGUCAAAGAGGUCCCAAUCUCGCAGCUUUCCAAUGAUAACUUCACGCAGGAGGAAUGCGAGGAUUUGCGUCACAGAAUAAAAGAGGGCUUGCUCAAGAGCCUUACAGUGGUGGAGCUUCAGCAGAAGGUCCGGAUAUUGCAUGAGGAUAUAAUGAAGCAUUGGCUUGCGAGAGAACUUGCAUUGUUACAGAACCAAAUUGAUAGAGCCAAUGAAAAGGGAUGGCGUCGAGAGCUGUUUGAGUACUUGGAAAGAAGGCAAUUGCUUCAGACUCCAGAUGAACAGGCACGGUUGUUGCGUGAGGUUCCAGAAGUCAUUGCAGAUGAACUAGAGAUCGAAGAUGCACCGAAGGAUUGUGCAGAUGAAAUACAAGAAGAGAAUCGAAGUUCAACAAGAGAUAUCAUAAAAGGAGCCUCAGAAGCUCCUGUUUGUGAUAUACCAGCAGAGAAAAAUCUAUUAACUUGGACUGCAACUGGCAUAAUUUCUGAAGCAAAAGUGCAUGGUAUUUCCUGGCAAGAAUGGAAGGAACAACCAACAGAGCCCAUAAAGACGAGCAACGGUGAGAAAAAGCAUGGAACUCUUGACACCAAGGGCUUUCAGGAACUGGUGGGUAAGCUGGUACCGACAUCUCAAGAACAACCAACAGAGUCCAUAAAGAGGAGCAAUGGCGAGAAUAAGCAUGGAAGCAUAGACACCAAGGGCUUGGAUAAGCGGGUACAGGCACCACAGGUAAUUGAUUUAAGUGACGAUGAAGAUGAAGAGCGAUGCGACGGAGAGAGGAUCUUUGCUGACCAGCUGGGAAGCUCGAUAUGGCAUUAUUUUGAUCCCCAAGGAAACAUACAGGGUCCAUUUUCAAUUGCUUUGUUGAAGGCCUGGAGUGAUGCGGACUACUUUCCUCCCGACUUCAAAAUUUGGAAGGCAGGUCAGAGCUCAAAUCAAGCCGUAUUACUGCAACACAUUCUUCAGCAGAAUUAUCCAAAUAAAGUUGCAAAAUAUUAAGAUUUGGAUAUCCAUUAGGUCAUAGUUCAUUUGUUAGUCGUGGUCUAUAAGGCAUACUGUCACUGAAUAAUUUAGUUUUGUGUUUUUUUCUUCUGAUUUCAUGUCAUGUAGGGAAUGUUCAUUAGCAAAUUAAAUUGAUGUUCCAAUUUUCUA